AUGGCUUUGUCCCAUGAUCUCUGUUAUUCCAUUGUGGAUAUACGGCUUCUCCUUGAAUACCAUGACUCUUACUCAUCUGUUCUUCGGUACUUCAAUUUUGUGAUGUCCAUUGUGACCUGCCUGGUGGGAUUGGUGGGAAACGCAGUUGUCAUCUGUUUUAUCAGAUUUAUCAUGAAGAAGCACAAGUCUAAGUACUGGUUUCUGAAUAUGGCCAUUGCCGAUUUCUUCUCUCUUCUAAUAUUACCAUUCCAGGCCAUCUCAGGUCUUAAAGGCACCUGGAUAUUCGGGCCCUAUAUGUGCAAACUAUUCAUUUUUUCUAUAUGUGCUAAUAUGUACGCUAGUAUAUACAUUCUUAUCGCCUUAAACAUUGCAAAAGUACUGUCCGUUACACAACCAAUGUUUCACCUCAAAUUCAUCUCUCAACACGCUUCUGUUUCGGUCUGUAUUUUAAUCUGGUUUAUUACGAUACUAUUUAGCCUCCCGGUGUUUUAUUAUGCUGGUGAAGUACAAAUUGGAGAAAUCACAUUAUGCAGCUACUUAGGUAGUAAGACUUUAGUUGACAAUAAGUAUAAUGUGAGUAGUGAAAACGCUACAAGAAAUGUCUUGGUCUCUGAAAUCUACACCAAGUUGAAGCUCUACUUUGAACAAUGCUCAUCUGACACGUGUUGUGGUGGAGAGAAAACUUUCAAUCUUUGGAACCAUUUAAUGUUUUCGUCAAAGCAGUUUGUGAUACCUCUUCUUAUCAUUGGAUACUUUAUACCCCUUGGUGUUAUGAUAGUUUGCAAUAUAAACAUAGUUGCGCAUGUGAGAAAAUCCAAGACUAUUAACACCCAUAGACUCUAUCGAAUCGUUCUCAUAAUCAUCAUGGUGUAUUUCAUAACAUGGACUCCACUCGUCAUUGCAGAGAUUGUGUUUUUCAACGCUGUGUACAAUAUGAACCUCAUAGUCAUGUUCAACGUCCUUAAAUUUAUGCCACUUUUGAUCAACAUUGCUUAUGCAAACAGUUGCUUGAAUCCGGUUGUAUAUGUGUUGAGUGGUGGGAGAAUGAGAACUGGAAUUUCAGAAUUUAUAAGUAGCAUUAAAAGUAAUCCUUAA